AACCUAGGCUGGCUGGGCCCCGAGGCUCCGCGAGUCCCACGUCUCUGCCGCCCAGCGAGCCCCUUGUCACCUCAGUCCUCUCAAAGCUUCCUCUGUGCUCCUAUAGCCGUUCUCAAAGCUUCCUCUGUGCUCCUAUAGCAGCCAGCCUGGGCUUUCGCGGUGAAUUUCUCCACAUCCUGAUUUUUUUUUUCCUUUCAGCAAACUUCCCUCUGCUAGUCCCUCCUUCGGUGUAACCCCGUUGGCUUUGAGGACACGCCCCUGGAAGGCCUGGACUUGCAGGGCCACCUCUCCCCACCCUUCCCUCUGCUUCGGUUAAAGUGUCACCAGAUGCCUCUGGUUCACUCCCUUUGCUUUUAGCCCUCACAGGGGCCAGAAGGACCAAGGCUUGGCCCAGAACUCAUCAGUCCUGGGGUGGCAGUGAAGGGGUCUUGGGGGGGCACUGACUCCCCUACAACCCCUUCUUUGUUGGGUCUGUUGGCAACAAAAGAAAACAGAUUUGGAGAAUGAAGAACUUCUGGAAACUUCCGGUUUUCUUCUUUGUAUGCAGUUUCCUGGGUCCCCGGGCACGUGCGGCUGUCAAGCGUCGCCCAAGGUUCCCUGUCAAUUCAAAUUCUAAUGGUGAAAAUGAACUCUGUCCAAAGGUCAGGAUUGGCCAAGAUGAUUUACCAGGGUUUGACCUGAUUUCUCAGUUCCAGGUUGAUAAAGCAGCAUCCAGUAGAGCGAUCCAGAGGAUCGUGGGAUCAACUGCAUUACAAGUGGCUUACAAACUGGGAAAUAAUGUAGACUUCAGGAUUCCAACGAGGCAUUUAUAUCCCAGUGGAUUGCCUGAAGAAUACUCCUUUCUAACUACUUUUCGGAUGACUGGGAGCACACUUAAAAAGAACUGGAGCAUUUGGCAGAUUCAGGAUUCCUCAGGGAAGGAGCAAGUUGGCGUGAAGAUUAAUGGCCAAACGAAAUCUGUCUCAUUUUCCUACAAGGGAUUGGAUGGAAGUCUCCAAACCGCAGCCUUUUCGAAUUUGCCCUCCUUGUUUGACUCCCAGUGGCAUAAGCUCAUGAUUGGCGUGGAGAGGAGUAGUGCUACUCUCUUUGUUGACUGCAACAAAAUUGAGUCCUUACCCAUCAAGCCAAGAGGCCCAAUCGACAUCAACGGCUUUGCUGUGCUGGGAAAACUCGCAGAUAAUCCUCAAGUUUCUGUUCCAUUUGAACUUCAGUGGAUGCUGAUCCACUGUGACCCACUGCGACCCAGGAGAGAAACGUGCCAUGAGCUGCCAGCCAGGAUAACGACAACUGACCAGCAGAUAGGCCCCCCGGGCGAGCAGGGGCCCCCGGGGCCCCCGGGCCCCCCUGGAGUUCCAGGCAUCGACGGCAUCGACGGUGACCGAGGUCCGAAGGGUCCCCCGGGCCCCCCGGGUCCACCUGGAGAGCCGGGAAAGCCGGGAGCUCCGGGCAGGCCGGGCACGCCGGGCGCCGACGGAUUAACAGGACCUGACGGAUCCCCUGGCUCUGUUGGACCAAGAGGACAAAAAGGAGAACCUGGUGUUCCUGGAUCUCGUGGAUUUCCAGGCCGUGGCAUUCCUGGACCCCCUGGUCCCCCUGGGGCAGCAGGACUCCCUGGAGAGCUUGGCCGCGUUGGGCCCGCGGGUGACCCUGGGAAAAGAGGACCACCGGGCCCCCCUGGCCCCCCAGGACCCAGCGGAACAAUUGGCUUUCAUGAUGGCGAUCCAUUGUGUCCCAAUUCCUGUCCACCUGGUCGCUCAGGAUAUCCAGGCAUACCAGGCAUGCGGGGUCAUAAGGGGGCUAAAGGAGAAAUUGGAGAACCUGGAAGACAAGGUCACAAGGGUGAAGAAGGUGACCAGGGAGAACCGGGAGAAGCCGGAGCUCAAGGACCUCCAGGAGCUCAAGGACUGAGAGGCAUCACCGGCAUAGCUGGAGCCAAAGGAGAAAAAGGCGCUCGAGGCUUCGAUGGGGAACCUGGGCCUCAGGGCCUUCCUGGUGCACCUGGUGACCAAGGACAGCGAGGGCCUCCAGGGGAAGCAGGUCCCAAGGGAGAGAGGGGGGUUCCAGGUUCUAGAGGGAUUCCUGGCCUCCCGGGGUCCAAAGGAGACACGGGCUUGCCCGGUGUGGAUGGCCGUGACGGGAUUCCUGGGAUGCCGGGAACGAAGGGUGAGCCAGGGAAACCUGGGCCUCCUGGUGACGUGGGACUGCAGGGGUUACCUGGCGUGCCUGGAAUUCCUGGUGCAAAGGGUGUUGCCGGUGAAAAGGGCAACACAGGUGCUCCCGGGAAGCCUGGCCAGUUGGGGAAUUCAGGCAAACCGGGCCAACAGGGGCCACCAGGAGAGGUGGGACCCCGAGGACCCCGAGGUCUUCCUGGCAGCCGAGGAGAAAUAGGACCAGUUGGACCCCCAGGCCCACCAGGUAAACUGGGUUCUCUCGGUAGCCCUGGCCUCCCCGGCUUGCCUGGCCCCCCUGGACUGCCUGGGAUGAGAGGUGACAGGGGUGUAGUCGGUGAACCUGGUCCAAAGGGUGAGCAGGGUGCCUCUGGUGAAGAAGGUGAAACAGGAGAAAGGGGUGAACUUGGAGAUAUAGGAUUACCCGGCCCAAAGGGAUCUGCGGGUAACCCUGGGGAGCCUGGCUCGAGGGGGCCUGAAGGAAGUCGGGGGCUUCCUGGAGAGGAAGGACCAAGAGGACCUCCCGGACCGAGAGGCGUGCAGGGAGAACAGGGCGCCACCGGCCUGCCCGGUGUCCAGGGCCCUCCAGGUAGAGCUCCAACAGACCAGCACAUCAAGCAGGUUUGCAUGAGAGUGAUGCAAGAGCAUCUUGCUGAGAUGGCUGCUAGUCUCAAGCGUCCAGACUCCGGGGCCUCCGGCCUCCCUGGCAGGCCUGGUCCCCCGGGUCCCCCUGGACCCCCUGGAGAGAAUGGUUUCCCAGGCCAGAUGGGACCUCGUGGCCUCCCAGGCAUUAAAGGGCCCCCCGGCGCUCUAGGUUUGAAGGGACCUAAAGGUGACUUGGGAGAAAGAGGGGAACGUGGCCCUCCAGGAAGGGGUCCAAAAGGUCUUCCCGGAGCUACGGGUCUCCCAGGUGACCCAGGUCCUGCCAGCUAUGGGAGGAAUGGCCGGGAUGGUGAGCGAGGCCCCCCAGGGGUGGCAGGAAUUCCUGGUGUCCCUGGUCCCCCAGGACCUCCUGGCCCUCCUGGUUUCUGCGAGCCAGCCUCCUGCACCUUGCAGGCUGGUCAGCGAGCAUUCAGCAAAGGGCCCAGUAAGUGAAAGGCUGCCUGGCUGUCUGCAUAAACCACGCCUGGCAAGGGAGCUUGAGGAGAAUCACCGCCCAAAGCUGAGGCAAAUGACUACCAUGCAUCACCUUCACUGUCAUUACCCAAGUCCUACUUGACAAUCAGAUUUAGAACAAUGGUGCUACUCGAUAAAUCCUCAUUGCUUUCCCUUGGAGGGGAGAGAGCAGAAUCGGUGGUUAAAAUAAAAUGAACAAAAACCCUCCCUUUAAAUAAAUGUAUAAUCCUGUUCCCAGGACCUUGAACUUUGGUGUGUUAUACAUAAGUGAUACAGUGUGGGCCUCUGUGCCAAUAAACAAAACAACUGUUUGGUUUAUCUCAGUUGAAGUAGUUAUUUUCAUUCUUAUUUAGAUGUUGUCCUCAACUGUAUAGAGGGUUCCCAGACUAGUUAUGGGGAAACCCCACUACAGUCAAUAGAAUUGGUGCUUCGUGCUCCCUCAGGAAAGCACACCGAGUGACUGCGUACAUCACGUGCUGGUUUGUGUAGUCAGCCGGAAUUUUUGUUGAAUUGUACUGUAUGCCAAACCUGUUAAUACUUUAAGCUCUUCUAUGUGAAAACAAAGAAGGAAUUUUAAUAUCCUGCCAUGCGUUUUAUUGACGAGAUUAUUUAUUUUAAAGGUUUGAGGUGACAUCUCUGUACCAAAGAAGAAAUAAAUACGGUUUCUUAA